AUGGAUACCUGUGAGACAAAUAAAUUAUAUAAAAUUCCUUUCAAAACAUGUCGCAAUUAUACUAUUGAUCAUGAUCUUGUUACUAUACGGCUAGAUAUUGAAUGGUCUCGGAAAGGUGGUGAUGAUCCCGAGCUUGUCAUGGAUAUAACUAAUAAAAAACCUGUGUCUUUUAUUCAACAAAAUCAGUCAUCCCCUGUAUUUAUUAAUCCCGUCCAUCAUCAUCAUCCUCAACAACAACAACCACAACACCGACAGGAAAAUUUUCAGUCAACAAAUCAACAACAACAACAACAACAACAUCAAUUAUAUCAUUUAUCUCCAAAUAAUCAUGAUCUAUCACGAUCAACAAUUAUAUCUGGUGAUCAUAAUGAUGUAUCUUCAACUACAACAUCAGGAUUUCAUGAUGUUACUCAAUCCCAUUCCCAAUUACAAAUUCAAUCACCAGUAUUAUCGACUUCUGACCUAGCAAUUCAACAAAUAGCGAAUGAUUUAAAAUCACAAUUAACUCCUAUUCUACCACGUCAAUCAACAUUCAAUCCACAGUAUUUAUCACCUCAACAUGUUAUUCAAACUCCAUCAUCGAAUAUGAAUGAUUCUCGAAUACCAAUGCCGAUAUCAGCGAUCAGUUCUUCAUCACAAAUCAAACAGAUGGCUUCGGGAACAAUGCAUAUACAUGAUCUACGACAAUCACCACCUAUGUCAACCGGUCAAUCAAGAGGAUAUGUUAUAUGUCAUUGUUCACAUCCAGGAAAUCAUGAACAUAAUUGUCCUGCAAUUACUCCAAAUAAACAGCAAUCAAAUACAAAUCUACCUUCUGACAUUAUGUAUAUACCAUCAAAUAAUCGACCCAUUGCUCCUCGAACUAGUUUUAUUCCUCAGCCACACUCGAAUGAUACAAUUUUAACUCCAUCCCCAAAAGAACCCAUACCAACAACGACUUUAUUUCAUUUUCCAAAUCCUAAUGUUAUGAAAGCUUCUAAUUUAUCCUCAGAUAUAACAACAAUUGUUUCUCAACCACCACAAUUUAUCAAUAAUAAUCUAGCAUGUUCAACAAUAAAAAAUCCUUCAUUAACUAUUAAUCGUAAUUUCAAUCAAGACGCAUUCGUAUUUCCUCCUUCACUGAUUCACAGUAACCAGUCAAAUUAUCAAAUAAGCCCGUCAAGACCAAUGCCGAUUGUACAACAACAAAGUAUACCAUUACAAAAUCCACCACGGCAACGAAAAAAACCAUUAACAAAGAGAAGCCCAUUAAAUAAUCAAAAUCAACAUAGACCAUUAUUUCCAAAUCGAAAUGACUCUUCAUCAAAAGUUUCUGUGAUAAAUUCAUUUAAUCAACCAAUAAGACAACCUCAACAGAAUAAUAAUCAUUCAAAUUAUGUACUAUAUCCUACUCAAUUACAACCAGGAAUAUUUACACUUCAAGAUAAUUCUCAAACAUCUAUGAAUUUACCAUCAUCAUCAUCGUGUAAUACGCUACAUACUGCAACAAAUGACAUAACAGGAAAUACUACACAACGGCGUUCAUCCCAUGCAGAGUCAGUAAGAUCGCCAGUGCAACUUGACCUACUUACAGGACAAAACUCAGUUCAACCAUCAGUUAGUACAGACGCUAUUGUACGAACUAUUAAUGAUGUUGUUGACGGUAAAGUUGCUAUUACAGAUAAUAAGAAUACAUCGGCAUCAACUGGUUUACAACAACAACAGCAAACGAAGCCAUCACCAUUUGAACCUAAAUGUGUUUGGGAACAAAAUGGACCAGUUAAAACAAAAACAUAUUUAUCACCAUUAGAUCAAAAACAACACUUACCAUCUUAUGAUUCAAAUGUUUCAACAUUGACUAAUCAAAAUGUUCGUAAUAUUACAUCACAAAUUGUUCGUUCUCCUACUCUAGAAGAAAAUGGAAGCAAUACAUUAGUGCAACAACAAGUGACAAAUACAACUAAAAAAAGAAAUCGACCAAAACCUACUAAUAAUCAAGCAUCAAAACGUGUGUGUAAAACUACUAUUAAUACAACACAAUCUACAAUCAUAUCAACUGUUACUUCAACAUCAACUGUAAUUGAACAGCCUAUUUUAUCAACUCCUACGUCUAUAUCAUCAGAACGUAUUACAACUCCACAUGCACCUAAUGAUAAUAUAAAUUCAAAUUUGUCAAAUGAUUUAUGGGCAACAGUAGUAGAUAUAGAUAUGGGUCAUAUUAAUACUUUACGUAAUAGUUCUGGUACUGGUAACGCAUCCGAACAAAUACUAGUAUCAGAUAGAGUGUAUGAUUUUGAGUUUGAUGAUAUUUCCUCAAAACCCAAUGAACGUUUUAAUUCAUCAACUCCACCAUUAGCAUUAAUGUCGAUAUCAGAUCCUACUGCAUUAUUAACUUCACCAAUAACAGAAAAAUCAUCAAUAGCAUCGAUCGCGUCUGUGCCUAGUCCUGAUGAUGUUUAUGCAAAUUUUUUUCCGUUUAAUGUACAAUCUUGUUCAGGAGCAGCAGCAGCAGCAUCGCAAGAAAAUCAAGUAACAUCAUCUGUAUUAACACCGCCUGAUUUUCAAAGUACACACGUACGUCAAUCACAACUUCAUUCUCAAAAUUUUGAAUAUAAUGAUUCAAGUCACCAAACACAAGUAAGGUUAUUAUUCGAUGUGCUAUCUUAA